UCUCGUAACUCGGCACGAGUUCCCGUCAUAGCAUCUGGCCACCUGGGUUAAUGUUUCGGGCAUGAAUUUGACCUCAGCAGACGAGAACGAGUGUACGAGUUGAGUCAGCGGCUGACCGAGUUGCAGCGAUAUGGUAGACAUUGUGGAAGAUAGCGGCAGUGCACUUGUAUCUCUGGUCUGCCGGCUCAACAAGCAGCGAACGUGCGAAGAGACCAUCCCCGAACGCUGCUCUAUUUUUGCCAGCAGCCACUACAAAGCAGAAGGCACCAUGGCUCGAUGCUGGUCAUGGGAUCGCUGGAACUACUGCUCUCGUGUGCCACAGCAUGGUCCCGACAGCGUCCACAGUUGGUUAGUCGCCGGUGCCUGCGCUUUCUCCUCCUUCUUUGCCAUGGCCGGGCGGCGUUCGGCGGGAUUUCUAUUCGUCGCCAUUCUGGAGACAUUCCAGGUGAACAGGACCGAAGGCUCGUGGCCCAUAAUGGUGAUGGGCGCAGUAGUUUACCUGGCAGGUUUCAUUACCGGACCGCUGGUUCACAAGUUCACCGCUCGUCCAGUGAUUAUCGCAGGAGCAGUGAUUUCAGGAACCGGCGCAAUUCUCAGCUUUUUUGCCAGAACUAUUGGAUUUAUGACGUUUACACUCGGCAUAAUACAUGCAAUAGGAACUGGCAUGGUGUUCAUAGUGGCCCCUACCAUUAUCAGCGAGCACUUUGUCAAGAACAAGGGCCUCGCUAUGGGCCUCAACUUCGCUGGCGUCACCGCUGGCCUUUUUGUAUUCCCCAAGCUUCUUGAGUACUUCACCGCCACCUAUGGCCUGCGUGGUGCUCUUCUGAUCUUCGGGGCCGUCACCAUGAACGGGCUUGCAUUUAGCCUAUUCCCCCGCACCCCUGCUUGGAGGAAAGCUUCUGCACACAAGAAUCAACUCGCUGCUCAAUUUCCUUCGAAAGCCACCGGAGCGAAAGCAACGAACAAGCUAAGCGAUGCAUUGACGGUGUUUAAAAGCCCCGUGUUUUACCUCAUAAUAUACAGCUUUAACGCUUACGCCUUCGGAUAUGAGUGCUACAUCUCCCUAUUCGUCGACUUCGCCUCUGAUCGAGGAGUAGCGGUGUCCACUGCCGUUACCGUGAUGUCAGCGGGAGCAAUCUCCGAGAUCUUCGGGAGGUUCACAUUACCGGCAGCAGCAGAUCGCGGUCUGCUGCACAUAAAGACGGCCGUCGUGUUCACAUUGGCUGCCGAGGCGGUGGCGUUUCUUAUCCUUCCGUCGCUACGCUCUCAAGAACUUAUUUUCGCCAUGGCCGUUGCCAUAGCCUUCCUCAUCGGCACUGGAAUGGUCAUAUUUCCCGUGACCCUGGCGUCUUACUUCGGACACGAGAAAAUGUCAGUAUCCUUCGGCAUUGUCGUCGCGUCAGCCGGGAUGUUGUCAUUUGUGAAACCAUGUUUGAUAGGGCACUUCAGGGACAAUGUAGGUGCCUAUGACUGGCUCUUUGUGAUCUGUGGUGUUUCCAACGCUGUUGGAGCCACUCUUUGGAUUGUAGUUCUUGCGUGGGAAAGAAGUAGGAGCAAAAAGGAAGUUAUCAACAAUGAAAACGCGCCUGGAGAUACUAUCAUUAUUACGAAAUGUACCAAUAUCUUCGUGCACGAGCACGAAGGUCCAAUGUGAAACAAGAGAAACGGGCGCUGUGAAUAGUAGAGUGCAAUAA